AGUGAGCGCAGUGGCGGGCGCGCAGGGGGUUCCCGGCUGUGCGCAGGGAGGAGGCAGCGAGGGCCUCGGGGCUGCCAUGGGGGACGAUAUGGACGUGAUCCCCGAGAGGGAGAUGAAGGAUUUUCAGUUCAGAGCACUGAAGAAGGUUCGGAUCUUUGCUGCCCCAGACGAGCUCCCCAAGGAGCGCUCCAGCCUCCUGGCAGUCUCUAACAAACAUGGGCUGGUGUUUGCUGGGGGAGGAACCAGCCUGCAGAUCUUCCACACCAGGAAUCUGCUGAUGCAAAACCAGCUGGGAGAAGAUCCCAAUAAAAUUGUGGAGAAUGUUCAGAGUACCUCAGUUCCCAUGAAGUUUCCUCUGCAGCACCUGGCUCUGAGCUGUGACAACCUCACCCUCUCAGUCUGCAUGGUGUCCCCUGAGCUCGGCUCCUUCGUUGCCUUCUUCGAUGUCCGCACGUUCCUGAAUCAGGCAAAACAGCAGAAACGUGCAUUUGCUUAUCACAAACUAGCCAAGGACUCAGAAGGCCCAGUAAUGGUGAACGACCUGAAGUGGAACCCUGCCAGCCCUGCCAUGGUGGCCAUCUGCCUCUCUGAUGGCAGCAUCUCUGUGCUGCAGGUCACAGACUCUGUCAAGGUGUAUGCCACCCUGCCUGCCUCUGUGGCUGUCACAUCUGUGUGUUGGAGCCCAAAGGGAAAACAACUGGCUGUGGGGAGGCAAAAUGGCACUGUGGUGCAGUAUCUGCCUAAUCUGCAGGAAAAGAAAGUCAUCCCUUGUCCUCCCUUUUAUGACUCAGACAAUCCUGUUAAAGUUCUGGAUGUGCUGUGGAUUGGAACAUAUGUCUUUACUAUUGUGUAUGCAGCAGCUGAUGGGACACUGGAAACCCCUCCAGAAGUGGUCAUUGCAAUAUUACCUAAAAAGGAAGAGAAAAGACCAGAGAAGUUUGUGAAUUUCAUGGAGCCUUGCUAUGGGAGCUGCACAGAGAGACAGCAUCAUUACUUCCUCAACUACGUUGAGGAAUGGGAUUUAGUUCUGGCAGCUUCAGCAGCCUCCACAGAAGUCAGCAUUCUUGCCAGGCAAGGGGAUCAGAACUGGGAAUCCUGGCUUUUGGAGGACUCCAGCAGGGCAGAGCUUCCUGUGACAGACAAGAGUGAUGACACUCUGCCUGUUGGUGUUGCUGUAGACUACACCAGUAACAUGCCAAUCCCAAUCAGUGAGGAGAAGACCCUUCCUCCAGCUCCAGUUCUGAUCUUGCUCUCAACAGAUGGUGUCCUCUGCCCAUUCUACAUGAUCAACCAAAACCCAGGGCUCAGGUCACUUAUUGUGAGCCCAGAGCCACUGCCAUUAGUAGGGGAAAGGGUCCCAAAGUCAUCAGGAAGUACUGCCACAACUCCAACCACUCCUCCAGCUUCUCUAAAGCCAGACACAGUACCAAGUGUUGCUCCUACUGCACCUGCCUCUGGUCAGCCUCCUGCAGGAGGGGGAGCAGCUGCUUUUUCCUUCUCCACUGUGAAGAUGCCUGGUGCUACUGGCAGUGAUCCUCCACCUUCUCUCUUUGCCACUGAGACCUCCAAGCAAGCCCCGACUCCCAGUCUGCCUGGAGCAGCAACAUUCUCUUUCUCCUCUACUCCUAAGGCAUCUGUGACAACUCCUCCUUCUGCAGGCACCACUCCAGCCACUGGAACUUCCUUUGGAACUGUGAACUUUAAACCAGCUGUAGACAGCUCUCCUGGGACACCACUCUCUACAACAUCUGUUGCACAGAAGUCAUCCUUUGCCCCUUCAGCUUCUUCAGUCAAAGUGAACCUCAGUGAGAAGUUCAGUGCUGUAGACACCUCUUCUCCCCCUCGCAGCACUGGUCAAUGUACUUCCACAAUGUUUUCAUUCUCAACCACUUCAAAACCUGGUUCUGGAAGUCCCCUGAGCCAGCCCACACCCCUCACAGCUUCUGCUGCUGCACCACUGAAGGCUUCAACUCCUAUGUCCACCACAGCAGCAACACGUCCUGCUCAGAGUACACCAUCAACUUCUUCACUACAGAAGACAGCCAAAGUCACCCCCUCUGCAGCAAAGCCAAGCUCUGCUCAGAGCAAAUCAGCACUUCCCAGCACAGCUCUAGAGAAGCCAGCUCAUCAGUCUAAGGAUUCAGACCCUGUCAUAGCAGGAAUCAGAGAGGAGAUUGCACAUUUCCAAAAGGAGAUGGAGGAGCUGAAGGCAAGGACUUCAAAAGCUUGUUUCCAAGUGGGCACUCCAGAGGAGAUGAAGAUGCUGCGGACGGAGUCGGAUGAUCUUCACACAUUCCUCUUGGAAAUUAAAGAGACAACAGAGUCACUUCAUGGAGAUAUCAGUAUUCUAAAGACAACCUUGCUGGAGGGAUUUGCAGGGGUAGAGGAGGCUAGAGAGCAGAAUGAACGGAAUCACAGCUCAGGGUAUUUACACUUGCUCUAUAAGAAACCUUUGGAUCCCAAGAGUGAAGCACAACUUCAGGAAAUCCGACGCCUGCACCAGUAUGUGAAGUUUGCUGUUCAGGAUGUGAAUGAUGUCCUGGAUUUGGAGUGGGAUCGGCACCUGGAGCAGAAGAGAAAACAGAAGCGUCUGGUAGUUCCUGAGAGGGAGACCUUGUUUAACACCCUGGCAAAUAACCGGGAAAUCAUCAGCCAGCAGAGGAAGAGACUGAAUCAGCUGGUGAACAGCCUGCAGCAGCUCAGGCUCUACAAUCAGACAUCUGAGUGGAGUGCCCCCAGUGAUACAUUUCUUAGUGCUCAAAGUUUUGACAGUGACAUUGAAAGCCUGCGUAAUGCCUUGAAGAAAACUACCUUGGAAUCUCAUGCCAAGCCUCUGCCUAAAGUACCUGUUAAAUUAUCCCCUGUGAAACAGGCACAGCUAAGGAAUUUUCUAGCCAAGAGGAAAACUCCACCAGUUAGGUCUACAGCUCCAGCAAGUUUGUCCAGAUCUGCCUUCUUGUCCACAAGAUAUUAUGAAGACUUGGAUGAAGUCAGUUCAACAUCCUCAGUUUCCCAGUCACUGGAAAAUGAGGAUUCACAGGCAGUGGAGCAGGAGGAGGAGGCUGCUCCAGUCCAAGUCCCUCGUCAUGCUCCUGUGGUCCGGACUCCCUCUGUCCAGCCUGGUUUGAUGGCUCAGUCUCUGUCCUUUGCAAAACAGCACCUCCCCCUGGGGACUUUGUUGCCUACAUCUUCAAACAGAAUCAUACCCCAGGGGGCAGACAGUACAAUGCUUGCAACAAAGACUGUGAAACACGGGGCUCCUGCUCCCACUGUCACUGUUCCAGCACCACAAGCAGCUGCUGCUGCAGCCCUGAGGAGGCAGAUGGCUAACCAGUCCCCAGCUGUAAGCACCUCCUUGACUGAAUCGACUCUCAAAAACGUUCCUCAGGUGGUGAAUGUUCGAGAACUCAAGACUGGUGCUUUGUCUCCAGCUGUCACUGCAGUAAUAGGAUCAUCUGUACCUCACUCUGCAGCCCAGGCAGUCCACCAAGUUUUGGCAACUGUUGCUACAAAUCAAGCUAAACAGACACCUCUAAUAAGCUCACAUAAGGGACAGACUCCACCUUCCUCUGUGUGUGCACCCUGUCCUAUGGCAUCUACAGCUGGUCCAACAUCAUCUGGCAACAAAAUCUCAGGACAAGGGACAGUAAAAGCAGUUACAGCUGUGACCUCUUCCACAGUGACACCAGUACCAGCAACAACUGCACAGCUAAACAAAGCAUUCUCCUUCUCUUCUGUGGGAUCUGGAUUUAAUUUUGGUGUAGUCACAUCAGCUGCUUCCUCACCAUCACUGCCCAGCCUCGCUUCCUCACAAGCCCCUGCUAAAGAGUCCACCCAGACUGAUUCAUUCUCACUUGCUGGGGGUCCCAAAUUUGGAGCAGUCCCCGAGGGCUCCUUUGCUUUCGGGUCCCUCAAGCCAACAGGUGCUUCAGGAACCUUGGGAAACAGUUCCUUGGCAGAUAGCACCCAACCAAACAAACCUGCUGCAACAACAACAUCUGCUCCCUCCACAGCCUCUGGCAAGUUGGAUAUCCCUCCACCUAAACCAGGAGAUCACUUGUUUCAGAGCAAUCUAGCUGGUGAAACUCUUGGGAGCUUCUCAGGACUUCGGGUUGGUCAAGUAGAUGAUAAUGCCAAGACCACAGCUAAAGCACCAUCUACCAGUGUUGCAGGAGCACAGUCAACUAAAGGGUCUACAAUACCUUCUGGCUUUACUUUUGGUACUCCUCUGUCAUUAGGAAAAGCUGGAGAAGCUGCUUCACCAUCAGUGCCAUCAGCUGGCACAGCAUCCCCAUCCAUCAGCACUGCUGCCACAGGCAGCCUCUUUGGCAACGUCCAGAUAACCAGCACAGGCUCUUCUGGGGUGUUUAACCUGGGAGGCUCCAGUGGCAUCAAACCCACCUUUUCAUUUGUUAUUCAGCAAGCAACCAGUGUGAGCACAUCCACCUCUACCCCUUCUACUCUCUCUGCUUCAUCCUCCCUCUCGUUUGGAAAUUUAAGUUCGUCACAAACUGCUGUCCCUGCUGCAACUUCUAGUAAGGGUUCAGGAGAUGUCAAGUUACCAUCUGUGUCAGAAAAAACAUCUGAAAACGAAGCUGUAGCUGCUGGGUCUUCAUCUCAAAUGCCACAGCCUCCACAGCCACAGGUACAGCUUUCAGAGUCUGUGAAAGAGCCUGCUUUACCCCAAGUCACAGCUGGGGACACUGUCUCUUCAGCCACCACAUCUGCAGCACCUCCCCCUGAUGCCAUUGCUAGUCCUGCUUCCACGAGUGAUUUGAAGGCACCAGGACCUCCUGCUGUCUCUGCACCUGCCCCACCAGAUCAGAAUGUCUUGGUGACAACCUCUACAACAAAUGUUGCCUCUCCUGCCGAAGCCCCGAGUGUGCUGGCUGCUACCUCUGAUGUUCCUACCUGUGUUCAGAGCCCAGCUGUUGCUCCCUCUGUGUUUGCCCCCACUUCUGCAGGCACCCCAGUGUUCUCUCAGCCUCCAAGUUCCAGCACUUCUGGCUCAGCAUUUAGCCAGCCUGCUGGUGACACAACUGCCACUCCUUCCACCCCACCAGUUUUUGGGCAAAUGCCAGCGGGUACCACAGCGUCUUCUCCAUUUGGGCAACUUCCCACCAGUACCUUGUCCACUGCCACUGCUACCACCCAGGCAGCCAGCUCAGCUUUUGGUGCUUCUGCUUUUGGCACCACCACUACUGGGGGUUUUGGUCAGCCAGCCUUUGGACAAGCACCAAGCUUUGGGCAACCAGCAAGCAGUUCUUCAGGUGGUUUUACCUUUAGCCAGUCUGCCUUUGGGACAAUGCCAGCCUUUGGCCAGCCAGCAGCUUCCACAGCCACCUCCAGCAGUGGCAAUGUUUUUGGAACACCAGCUAACACCAACAGUGCCAGCUCCUUCUCCUUUGGCCAGCCAGCUGCCAGCACUGGGGGUGGCUUGUUUGGACAAAGCAGCCCUCCAGUGUUUGGGCAGAACACAGGUUUUGGGCAGGGGGGAUCAGUCUUCGGGAGCUCUGCCACUGUCACUACCACAGCAUCCUCUGCUGGAUUCAGCUUCUGCCAAGCUUCAGGUUUUGGUUCUAGUAACACAGGUUCUGUGUUUGGGCAAGCAGCUAAUACUGGAGGCACAGUCUUUGGCCAGCAGCCAUCUUCUUCCAGUGGAGGCUUGUUUGGAGCUGGAAGUGGUGGGAGAAGUGGAGGCUUCUUCAGUGGUUUGGGAGGAAAGCCAAGUCAGGAUGCAGCCAAUAAGAAUCCCUUCAGUUCCUCCAGUGGAGGAUUUGGAUCUGCAGCUUCCCAGAAUUCUUCUAGCUUAUUUGGAAACAGUGGAGCAAAGACCUUUGGAUUUGGGAGCUCAUCCUUUGGAGAGCAGAAGCCCACAGGCACUUUCAGCUCUGGUGGUGGGAGUGUGGCAUCUCAAGGCUUUGGGUUCUCCAGUCCCACCAAAGCAGGUGGCUUCGGUGCUGCUCCAGUGUUUGGCAGCCCUCCUACUUUUGGGGGAUCCCCUGGGUUUGGAGGGGUGCCAGCAUUCGGUUCAGCCCCAACCUUUUCAAGCCCUCUGGGCUCAACUGGAGGCAAAGUGUUCGGCGAGGGUACGGCAGCAGCCAGCGCUGGAGGCUUUGGGUUUGGUGGUACCAGUAGCAAUACAGCAUCUUUUGGCACGUUGGCAAAUCAAAAUACCCCAACGUUUGGAUCACUUUCACAACAGGGCACUGGGUUUGGCACACAAAGCAGUGGAUUCUCAGCCUUUGGGACAGGAGGAGGAGCAUUUGGUUUUGGAUCAACUAACACAUCUUCCUCUGGAUUUAGUGGAUGGAGAAGCUAAGAACAUGCUGACCUCUCCUGCAGAACUCUGCCCUAGCUCUGGUGUUCAUGAGUCACCUACAUGAUCAAUAUCCAAACAGUUUUUCUUUUACAUACAAAUUUUCAGACUCUUUUUUUUUUUAAGAAAAAAGAUUUCACUUAUUUUUAUGCAACAUUUGUUCUCGCUCUAUAUUAAACUAUUUUAUCUGGCUUGA